GACGUGGCGGUGCUCUGCAGGUAGCCCAGCAGUGCCUAGUUGAGCGUGGGGGCUGAUCCCACCACGUCGCCCUUGCGCUUCGCGCCUCAUCAACAUCGACAUGUAAAAUAAUCUAUCCGCGGAACAGAAACGACGCUUUGUAGCCAAGAAUAUACUGCGACUUUAUGCCCUACAGCCUGCAUUCGACUCGGCAUAUUGAUGAUGAUGACCGUCCAACGUUUUGACCGGCAAUAGAAUGUUCUCUCGACCUUUCUCUCAACGUAGCAAAUCCUCCACAAGUUCCUUAGAAAGGGCACUCAAGCGCUUAUCAAUAUCGACGCAGCAAACGGACAUCGACGCGCCUGUUGAUGUUGUUGGAAGUCUGGGGCUGACUCUUUUGUUCCAGCCUUCGGAGCCUCUGAUUGACUUCAUAUUCGUCCAUGGGCUAGGCGGAGGCUCGCGGAAAACGUGGGCUUUGUCGAAGGAACCAUUACAUUACUGGCCUCAAGAAUGGCUUCCUCGAGACCCGCCCUUCAAGAAUGUGCGGAUACAUACCUUCGGAUAUGCCUCGAAAUGGGCCGAGAUCAAAUCCAGUACUCUCAAUGUCCACGACUUCGCGAAAUCCUUGGUGGCUGCCAUCCAGGAUUCACCUCAUAUGGGCACAGGACAGCGGACACCACUGGUAUUGAUCGGCCACAGCAUGGGUGGAUUGGUGAUCAAGAAGGCAUAUAUAAUUGCUCGGGAGGAUCCUCUUUACAAUGCUCUCGGUGAAAGGUUUCAUACUAUGAUUUUCCUUGGGACUCCGCAUCGAGGAUCCGGAUUGGCAACGGCCCUCAACUAUUCGCUGAAAAGCGUGCUCAUGCCUUAUGGCUCCAAAGCAUAUGUUGACGACCUUAAGGAUGAUUCGAUUAUGCUUCAGCUCAUUAACGAUGGGUUCCGUCAUGUCUCCGGGAAUCUCCAGCUACCUUCUUUCUACGAAGCAGUGGAAACUCAAAUUGGGCCAACCUCGAGCUUAAUUGUGAGCCGUGAGUCUGCUGUUCUAGGAUAUCCCAACGAAUAUAGUGCCCUGAUAAAUGCCAACCAUCGUGGAAUCUGCAAGUUUCACAGUCCAUCGGAUCCCAAUUACCUGACCAUCCGGAAUGCGCUUGCUUCCAUCACCAAAGAUAUUGUGAGUGAUAUAUAUCACCAAAAACGAGAAGAGCAGCAAAAACAGCUCCGUAUCUUGGAGAAGUACCUUGGAAUAUCUGAAGAUGACCUUACUGCUUAUGAAGAACGGCAGAUUGAAGGUUCUUGCGAAUGGUUGACUUUCUCAAAAACAUACUGCGACUGGAGGGAUGGUCAUGCACCGUUAAAAGCAGUCUUUUGGGUCAAUGGUCAGCCAGGGUCAGGCAAAAGCUUCAUCGCUACACAUGUCAUCAAUUCGUUGGGGGAUCUCAAUAUGGACACGAGCUAUUUCUUCAUCAGACAUGGCGACAAGUCUAGCUCAACUCUUGAAUCGUGCCUUCGUUCUCUUGCUUUCCAAAUGGCACUCAUGAACUUCAACGUAAGAGAAGAAAUCUCGGCAAUGCAGCAAAAUGAAAUACACCUCGACCGAGACGAACCGCGGGCACUCUGGCGAAUGCUUUUUGUUAGUGGCAUUUUCCGAGCAUCGUUUCAACGCACACAAUACUGGGUUAUUGACGGCUUAAACGAAUGUUCCAAUAAAAGCGCUUUGUUUCCUUUGCUUGCCAAACUCGAUAGUAGAGUCCCAUUGCGUAUUUUCAUCACAAGUCGCACCACCCCAACGAUCCAAAAAGGUUUCUCACAACUGCAAAAUGUGGCAAUUGAAACUGCUUCCCCGGAGAACACCCUUGGCGACAUUAAGUUAUAUGUCAAGAAGAAGGUAGAAGAGCUCCAUAUCGAUCGUAUUGAGUAUCGGCAUAAGAUUACAUCGACCAUUAUAGAAAAGUCAGAGGGGUGUUUCUUGUGGGUUGUGCUUGUUUUGGAAGAACUCGAAAGUGCUUUUAGCGAAUCAGAAAUUGGACUCAUUCUCAAGGAAGUACCAGUGGGCAUGGAUCCAUUAUACGCAAGGACUCUCGAAGGGAUGUCUCAAGCUUCGCGAGGGAAACCACUGGCAAAAGCAAUUCUCAUGUGGUCAACUUGUGCAACUCGCGCACUAACACUCGAAGAACUUGAAGCUGCACUGCGAAUACAAACAAAAGACAGGAGUAUUUUCGCCCUGGAGAAGUUCAUAUCGUCUACAUGCGGAAAUUUGGUGUAUGUUGACAGAUACAAGAAGGUUCGGAUGAUCCACCAGACAGCAAAAGAAUUUCUCCUGCGUGAUGAUCUAGAUUCCGAAUUCGCAAUCAGAGGCCGCGAUGCUCAUAGCGCACUUGCAGAUACUUGUCUCCACUAUCUGAUUUGCAACGAGAUGAAGGCACCAAGAAAUCGCAAACUCCUCACGCCUACAGAACAACGAAUCAAGAAACGGUCCCUCUUUGCAGACUAUGCAUGUACGUCGUUCAGUGAUCACCUUAGAAGUGCGGAUACAGCAAGUGACAGCUACAUGGUCUUGCUUGAUAAAUUUUUUCGGUCCAAUGUACUCAGCUGGAUCGAAGUGGCUGCUGCCAAAGGAACCCUGAGUCCGUUGAUCCUUACCGCCAAAAACUUACGAGGUUUCUUGGAGUCUCGCAAAAAGCAUGCGGGGCCAAUUGGAAAACACUAUCAACUCGUUGCUGAAUGGAGCACUGAUCUUGGACGCAUUGCAGCAAAAUUUGGAAGGCAUCUGUUGGAGUCACCGACUGUUAUAUACUGGCUGAUUCCAUCCUUUUGCCCCCUGGAAAGUCCUGUCAAAGUCCAAUUUGGGUCCUCCCGUGGUGGUUUCUCGGUCGCUGGUCUUUCAAACACGGUUUGGAACGACAGACUGGCAUGUAACACUUAUGGCAGCGAACAAGCUCGUUCAACGGCGUGUAGUGAUAAACAUUUUGCAGUAGGAUUGUCAAGUGGCAUUAUUCAUCUAUAUUUUCAAGAUACCUGUCAGGAAGCGAGGGUUUUGAAGCAGAGUGGGCGACGAGAUCCUGCAAAACUCAUGGCGUUUGACACAUCUGGGGGCCUGCUCCUUUGUGCUGGAGUUAGAAGCAUUCGACUAUGGAAUACGACGAAUGGUGCAGAGCUUUGGAGCUCGACACUAUCAAUCCCACCAGUUGCAGUCCUAUUCUCAGACGGCGACACCAUGGUAAUCUCCAUUUCGAUUCAGAAUGCCAUCACCAUUCGCGACGUGUCGACGGGCAAGAUAAUCUCAUCUACGACACAACAAAAUCCAUUCGAGACACAACAGCUUGGAUUUCGACGGCCUAUUGACCGUGCUGCAAUUUCGCUUGUGCACAAUUUGGUUUCUGUGGUAUACCGAGGCCUGCCAAUUGCGAUCUACACUAUGGAUAACAACGAAUUUCUAGGUUCAUGUGCUCGAGUGGAAGAGGUUCGAGAGGGAAGAGGAGACACCGCAUUGUUAUCAAUGAUCUUUAACCCAAACCCGGAACUGAACCUCAUCGCUGCUCUCUACCUUGAUGGAGAUCUCGCACUUUACGAUACUAUGGAGCUAGAACUUGUCACUCUGGUAAAUGGCGCAGAUGCAAAGUCUCUUGCAGCUUCCCCAGCCGGACGAACCCUUGCCACCGGGGAUGCUGGCGGUGUCAUCCAGAUUUAUGACUUUGAAACGCUCAGACUCUUGUACCGAAUCGUGGCAGCAGAUCAAUCCAUUCGAAGUAUGUCAUUCAGUACCGAUAGCAUGCGGCUUCUGGAUGUUCGAGGCACUCAUUCCAACAUUUGGGAGCCAUCAGUAUUGGUCAGAGAAAUUGCAACUGAAUCGGAAAGUGUGUCUGAUACCUAUCCAGUUGACCCCAAGCCCGUCGGCAACAGAGAACUAUACGAAAAGGGCGAUAUCACGGCCGUUGCUACCCACCCAACGGAGAAUGUUAUAUUUGGUGGUAUUGGCGAUGGUUCCUUCCCUCCUAACACACGAAAUGUCUGUUACCCAUUCGCAAGAGGAUAA